AUGGCGUCGGGGUCUGUCUCCUCGCAGAAGCAGCACAGCACCCUGCUGCACCUCUUUGCCGGGGGCGUUGCGGGCACGUUUGGCGCUAUUUGUACGUGUCCUUUAGAGGUGCUUAAGACCAGACUUCAGUCCUCCCGCUUAGCUAUCCCAGAUCCCCCAGCUUGGUGGUGGUUCAGAGCGAGAAAGAUCACGUCAACAUCCAGAUUACCUGAAGUCCUCAAGGUUCUGAAGUCAAUUCUGGAGAAGGAGGGCACAAAGACACUUUUUCGAGGCUUAGGCCCUAACUUGAUCGGAGUAGCCCCUUCAAGGGCUGUAUACUUUGCCUGCUACUCCAAGGCCAAAGACCUCCUGAAUGACAUUUUCGUGCCCAACACCUAUACUGUUCACUUUAUCUCCGCUGGCUCCGCAGGUUUUAUCACAAAUACCUUAAUGAAUCCCGUAUGGAUGAUCAAAAGCCGCAUGCAGUUAGGACUGCAAGUAAAGGGUUCCAAAGGGAUAAACACUGUCCAGUGUGCUCGUUACAUUUACCAGGAAAACGGCAUUUCUGGAUUCUAUAGAGGAUUAACUGCCUCAUAUUUUGGCAUUUUUGAGACCAUGAUCUGCUUUGCUAUUUAUGAAAGAGUAAAGAAAUGGCUAACCGAGCCCCCAUUAGCUCUUUCUGCAAAUGGGACUAACAGAAGUAGUCCCACCCGCAACUUUUUUAGCUAUAUGGCUGCUGCUGCUAUUGCCAGGGUCCUCGCCUCCUUCGUUGGUUAUCCACAUGAAGUUUUAAGAACCCGGCUUCGAGAAGAGGGCACCAAGUAUAGGACUUUCUCUCAAACAGUCCACCUGAUAGCACAAGAAGAAGGUUUUCUAGGCUUCUACAGAGGACUCUGUGCUCAGCUCAUCUGGCAGGUGCCAAAUACUGGGAUUGUGUUGUCCACCUAUGAGCUAAUUGUGUUCUUAAUGAAGGACUUUAAGGACUGA